GGCUGGCAGUCAGUAUACGUGUGGUUGGAGUGGAUGUGUUGGACCCUGAGUGGCGAGGCUCGGUUCCUUGAGCCCUUCGGCCAGUGAGUUAGUUACGCCGAGUGACUCGGGCAAUGCACCCGGGGUGAUUUCCGAGUGCGCGUUGUUGCUGCUGCUGCUGCUGCUUUCUUCCCUCCCGAGCUGAUGUUGCGGGCAGCGUCACUCCAGCCUCUCUCACCCUCGCUGCUGAAUGAGCUCCUCCUUUCAUCGGCUGCAGCAGACAUGGCGACAACACUGCAACCGCUUACACUUAAGAGAGAUGUGGCUCGAGCCAUCGAAUUGCUGGAGAAACUCCAGGAAAGUGGGGCAGUGCCAAUCCACAAGUUGCAGUCCUUACAGAGGGUGCUGCAGAGUGAAUUCUGCACAGCUGUCAGGGAGGUUUAUCAGUACAUGCAUGAGACAAUAACCAUCAGUGGCUGUCCAGAAUUCAGAGCUCGUGCAACGGCCAAGGUGUUCGAGAGUAUAUAUGAGAAUUUAGACAUCAGUGGCAGCCCAGAAGGUAGAGCCAGUGCUACUACCCAGGCCACUGUCGCUGCUUUCGCCGCCAGUGAAGGCCAUUCUCACCCUCGUGUGGUGGAAUUGCCAAAAACGGAAGAAGGCCUCGGAUUUAACGUGAUGGGUGGAAAAGAACAAAAUUCACCCAUCUACAUCUCUCGCAUAAUUCCUGGAGGUGUCGCCGAUCGACAAGGGGGCCUAAAGCGCGGUGACCAAUUGUUGUCCGUCAAUGGAGUGAGCGUGGAAGGGGAGCACCAUGAAAAGGCAGUAGAAUUGCUGAAGGCUGCUCAGGACAGUGUGAAACUGGUGGUGCGUUACACACCCAAGGUGCUGGAAGAAAUGGAGGCGAGAUUCGAGAAACUGCGGACUGCCCGACGCAGGCAACAACAGCAGCUCCUGCUCCAGCAACAACAACAGCAGCAGCAGCAGGUUCAACAAAACCAUAUGUCAUAGAUUUGUGAAGAAGGAAUUUCCCAUUUCUUGGUGAUGAAAGCUGCCAAUUUAACAGAUGAUACUGCAAUUAAUAGUAAUACUGUGGGAAGAACAAUAACCUUCAGAUACAGUAGAUUCUUUGUGAAGAUGUGUAUAUAAAUUCUCCAAACCCUGAUAUAUUGUGUACAUCAUGCUGUAAAUGAUUGUGAAGUUUUAGCUAAGCUUAGCGCAGCUUAGAACAAAAUGGCACAAGGUUUUUUUGACAAGUAAUUAAAUACAAUACAAUAAUCUGCUGCGAGUCAUAGUAACUGUUACAAGUUAGAAUUCUUCUUUUAAAUGAGAGAUUCUAACUUAGCAAACAGAAUAUGGACCGAGUUUUUUUUCCAUUUAAAGACAUCUAUAUUGGCGUGUAAAUGUUUGUCUUGGAUAUAAUUACAAUGCUAUAAAAUAAGCUUGUUUUCAAAUAAUAUUUCUUAAGAGAAUUCCAAAGAAAUAUCAGAUUUUGAAAUUAUAAUUAUUUUUCACAUAUUAAUGUAAGAUUUUAUUUUUCCAAUCAGUCUCCAGUUUAUUAAAAGUCUUGUGCCUAAUCGUAAAAGCCAAGUUCAAGCUAUCUUGUGAAACAUAUUUGGACAUGCCAUUUUAAUGUCGUUUAAAGGAAGUAUGAGUUAACACGUUAAUUGUCUCAAUAAAGUAAGUCUGUUGUAUUGAUUAUUCAACCAACUCUCUCCAAUUCCUCCACCUCUUCAACUGAAUGAUGUGAAACACAAAUGAUAAAUCAUCCUUAAACGAGAUUCCUUCCCUUUGGCCUGAUUAUCAGUUUCAACAACAAAUAUUGCAAAACUCCAUUUGAAGCAGUUCUCUUUCUUCAUGUUCCUUUGAGCCUCAGUUUACUAGUUCGUGAAGUUGGGCCUAUAUCUUAUUACUGCAAAUGUUAUGUAGAGACUAUGCAGCUUUUUAUAGAAACAUUUAUCAUUGCUAGAUGUGUAAUGGAAAGUUUACAUAUUUGGGUGUAACGGUGCAAGGAACCAAAUCAAAACAUCAAAUGUCCACUGAUUCGUGGGAUACUGAAUUGAAAAAAAUAUAUUCACAAAGAAUAUUGAACAUAAAUAAAUAAAGAAAGCAUUAAUCAAGUGCAGAAAUACAAAUCUAACCACACAAAAAUCUUCUUUAUAUAUUAGAUUGCUCGAGUUGAAUGGAUUCACUGUUCACUAAAUUGAUAGGUGCACAGAAUCGGCUGAACUAGCAUUCCACAGAUGCAUUCCUUUGUUAUUUUCUUCUGGGCUGCCAAUUGAGAACAAGCAGAUGCCUAUCCUGAAAAAUUGUAUUUCUGUUAAACUUAAUAAUUUGGGCUGUUUACUGUGCUAGUGACAUCUACACUGGCAGAUUUAAUUAGUUAGUGUGUUGCUAUUAGCUAAUAGCUUAUUCAGCAAUAUUUAAAAAAAUAUUUUAAGAAACAGCUUUGAAAAGAACAUUUCUCGAAAGUACGGUGGCACAGUGGUAGUGUUGCUGCCUUACAGCGCUUUCAUCACCAGUGACCAGGUUCGAUGCUGACUAGGGGUGCUGUAUGUAUGGAGUUUGUAUGUUCUCCUCGUGACCGUGUGGGUUUUCUCCGAGAUCUUUGGUCUCCUCCCACACUCCAAAGACGUACAGGUUUGUAGGUUAAUUGGCUUGGGUUUGUUUACUUGGUAUAGGUGUAAAUUGUCCCUAGUGUGUUUAGGCUUGUGUUAAUGUGCGGGGAUUGCUGGUCGGUGCGGACUCGGUAGGCCAAAGGGCCUGUUUCCACACUGUAUCUCUAAACUAAACAAUGCCGCUGUUUUAUGAAGGGGAACAAAUAUAAUGAGUGGCAAAAAACCUACUCAAAGAUUAAAAAAGACAGAGUGAUGGAGUUACGCAGCGAGUCAGGCAGCAUCUCUGCAGCACAUGCGUUGGUGACAUUUCGGAUUGAGGUCCUACUUCACACCCUACUUAAAGAUAAAUCCUGCAUGACAGACAUAUUUAAUGUGAGAUGUUUUUUGUAAACGGAUCUAAUUUUAGGUUCCUUUGAUUAAUAUCAAACUCUCUAUGUUUCCAAAGGAAAUUUGUUCUCCUCCCUCCUGUACAAGUCCAAUGAAAGACCAAAGCAAUUUUCUCACAGCUAGAUCACCUACAGACCUGACGUUACACACAUUUUUACUGCAGCAUUCAACCUUCAGAAAGAAGAAAGCAUUCAUUUUGUUGUGGAUGGAAUCUGCUGUAAAGUGUGACAUUUUUAUUUCUGCAUGGUCCUACAGUUAGGCAGAAAAGAUUCAUACAUUUCCUGAUAUCAUAUAGAGAUAUAUCUGUGCAAAUCCCAAAAUAUAUGUACAAUUCUAUCAGUUUGAAAUUUGCAUUUCAUUUUGAUUGUACAGAAUUGUUUAAAUUCACAUGAUGAAGAUGAACAAUUGUGCUUCAUUUUUUAAAAUUUGGUUUUCCUUUCCAAACUUGGAUUUAGUUAGAAAUGAAUAUUCCUAACCUAGUACUGGCCUAUCAAUGUGUAUGUAAAUGAUUACAGUUUUCUGUUGUUUUAUGUAAUCCAUAAAGUAUUUGAUGCAAAUGUGUGAUGUGUAUCUCAAAUAAAAAAUCUAAUUUUGUAGUGUU